ACUCUGCGAGUCCACUUGAAAAGUGCGUAUCUUGCCUUCUGCACUUUCUUUGAUCAGUCUUGACAUAUUUCCUGAAUGGUGGAGACAUCACACUUCUGGCUGGACAUGCAUUUGAACCCGAAACGGAGAGUAUGAGUAAGAGUCUGGGAAAGAACGGCGACGAGUCCCAUGAGACGUCAACCGGGCUGAACAUGUCAAAGAGGGAGAAUUUAAAAGGGGAGAGAGUCUUUAUUAAAGACUCGGUUGAGGGAGCAGCAGGAACCCAACUGGGGACAAAACGUCAACCUUCUGGGGAUCACACGAGCCCCUCCCAAGCUAAUGCCUCUCCUUCAGUGGCUGUUCAAUCUGACAAUACCCGCAUCCACGUGGCUGCCAGGUCAGCCACUAUGGAGACAUCUGUUGACAAACACAGGGGCAUUUCCCAGCGGCAGUGUCACGAUUCCUCUGGACUUGCUGAGAUGAUCUCUGGUUACUUUGUAAACAGGACGAAUGUGUCAGAAGACGGAAUGAGCCACACGAGCUCUGCAGACCUGCUCGCCACCCCGGCUUCCUCCAGAGAGUCCAUCCUCUCGGAGGGCUCGGACGGAGGGAAGAGCUGGUCCACCGCGCAGCUCUCCUGUGUAACUUCUCCUGCUUCCUUCCGGCGAAUGCUUUCUCCUUGCUCAUCUGUCUGCUCCGGCAUCUUCUCCCCCGCUGUAGUCCAGGUCAAGAGGCAUUUUCUCGCUCCCGGCUCUAGUCUGGUCAACACCCCUGCUUUCUCAUCCUGCGAGAGCUUGUCCUCCUCGGUCAGCGCUCAAUCCCCUCCUCCUCGUCCUCCCCGACACAGACCUCCUCUCACCCGACUCUCCCUUCUCACGGCUAUCCUGAGAAAAGGCCGCCUCCCUGUCCUGUCCUCUGCAUUUCAGAGGCCGUACACCCCCUGCUGGCCUGUUAACCCCGUGACCCUGUCCUUCUGCAACGCAUGCACAGCGGCCUCCAGCGUGAGCUCCAUUCCCCUCGACUUCUCCUCUCAGUUCUCAUCCUCUGCAUCUUUAGAUAGUCAGAGCCACGUCAAUCACCGGGAGCCCGAUAGAUGCGCCACAGCUCCUCCCCAUGUUCAAUCAAACGAGCUCGGCAGAACAUUCCCUCAAUCCCGAGUGAAAAGAGGCUCAGAGCAAAUCUGCUCAAGCAGUGUGCCUCAAUCGGAGCAGGUUAUUUCACCGCCGUCACCACCCCGAGCUCCACCUCUUUUUGGCUCAAACUUUACUUCUGUUUUUCCAGCAACGCACGGAGAAAUGGACUAUACAAUUUCCAAAAAGCUGCAACGGACACACAAGUCCCCUGAGCUAAAGCCUGUCAACGCUGACCUGCACCUCAAGGGCCCAGCAGACAAUGACCUUAAAAAUCUCAUCCCCGAGACCACUAGAGCUACGUAUGAGCAAGGGACCUCUGCGCUCCACCCGCCAAAUUCGUCUCUCACCAGGCUGCACUCGCUUUCUCAGCAGCUGAGGUCCCCCCCCACUGUCCGCCCCCUUCUGCCUGAGCCUUCCCAGCCACACUCAUCCGGUGCCACGGUUUUCUGCGACAUGGCAUCGUCACCUGAAUUAAACACCACAGGGAGGUGUGAGUCAGGAAGGAGCUGCCCCGGUUCCAAGAGUACAUCAGCAUUAGCUGGUCUGCACAAAGCUCACUGUCUGUCCCCUUCCCGCUACACGCAAAUUGCUUUUCCCGGAUGGCCGUCCCCCACCAGCUCCCCGGCGCCUACACCUUCUCCUGCUCCACCAAUCAGAGACCUCACCCCGUCCCCUUCCCUCUCCGUGCGCUCAACGUCCUCCCCGAGGCCCGGGAGUGGAAUAUCAGACUGGAGUGACGGGGAGGGUAAAAAAAGAAAGACACACAGGAUUAAAUUAAGCUACAAAUCGCUAGCUGCAAUUCCCACAAACACCCUUCUAUUGGAUCAACAGGCCAUAGAUGAGCAUGUAGAGAGAGGACAGAGUCCAUGCGACAGUUUGGACAGAUGUCAUACAUUUGACAGAGGUGUUGCAGACACCCACGCUAAGAUGUGUUCACCCGCUGAGCUGCGGCAGCAGUCAGAGGAACUCUAUGCAGUUAUUGAUGAUAUUAUGGCCAAUUCCAAUCCUACAAGCAAGUCUCCACAGCCCUCCAGUUCAUUGGAUACCCGCGUUGGUCUGCAGCAGAAUAGCUCUCUAUUAACAAAAUCCUUGGGACGUGAGACCAAAUACGCCUCUGUGGGCAGCUUGCACCCAACUACCGGUGUGGAAAGAAAGCUCAUGAAUCCUAAAAAGACAAAGCCCGGGGUUAUCCGGCCAAUGGCGGCCAUGCUGACAGCCGAGGAUAAAACAGAAUUGAAUUCAAGCGCUUUCCCACAGUUUGUUGUCAAGCAGGCCCUGGCUGACAGCAAAAAGGUGGAAGGUAAUCGUCUCCAAGCGGCUAGAGAAGGUCGUUACAACAGUUCAAAAAGACAAACAUUUGGAGAUGAGAGGAAGCCUGAGAGGAGAGAUCCACUCUCAGUGUUUGAUCUGCAGAUAACGGAGCCUGACUACCACUGAAGAGCGGAGCGAAGCUUUAUGACUCAUAUUUAAAGUAUUAUCCCUAAAGUCACAACCAUAACCCUCCAUUAAUACAUUUUUUAACAAACUUCUAAGACAAAAUUAGUAAGUUACUCUUUGAUAAAGCUUAAAAUGUACAUCUUAAAAUAAAGUACUUCAUUUUAGAUUUUUUUGUCUUGUCCUGCAGCUUCAACUCCAAUUCAGUCAUGAUAAAUAGAAAUUUAAAAUGCCACAGUUUCAUAUUCUCUUCAUAGUCUUCUAAAGGGAGAAAGACCAAAGCUUUGGUUGUUAUUAUUAUUAAAACCCCUUGUUCCGGCUUUAUUCUCCUCCUUGUACCUUGUUGUAUAAUUUACCUCUUACCUUAAAUUAAUGUAUGUAAUCCUGACAUUCAAGUCACGUAGCGGCGCUUCCCAAUACCAUUUUUGAUAGGUUUAAACUGCCUGUUAGAAGAGUGAACAUUUGAGAGUCCGUCUACAUUUCUCUUUUUGGAGAACUGUGAAAGGCCGUCCUCAACUCAGUUCUCCCAUUUGGUGUCUCUCCACCUCUCCUGUGGUGGUAAAUCUCACUGGAGUUGCGAUGCUAUGAAGACAGAUAUGAGCAACCGUAAUCGGCCUGUGGGUCACUUGGGACGCUGAAUGAAUGCGGUAAAGGCAAAAUUAAAUACAAACGAAGUGUUCUGUCAAAUUUAAUAAACUAUUAGUGAAUGCUGCAUUGAAUGAAUACUUUUACACAAUGUUUAACCAAGAAUAGCACUAAAUCCACAAAUCCACAAAAAUAAAAUGGAUAAAAUCAAAGAACAUCGCAUGACAGUUCACGGAGGAGAGUCACAUGGUUAUGGGGCGCUAGUCAGAGGUGGCUGGUGCUGUGAUUUCAGUCUGCAUUGGUUGGUCAGGACUUAGCAGAGGGUCACUUGUAACUGAAUUAUCGAAAUGAGGUCAGUGGGUGCUUAUGUACAGCUUUUUAUACAACAAAAAACUGACCUUUCUCUCUGCCCCACCCAUUUAGUUAAUGUUGUUAUGUCACAUUUACAGUUUACCAUGAGAAGUGGUGGCACAUUCACGUCUUUCCUUCAAUUUUUGAAACAAUAGGUCCCCAGUUACAGCCAGAGGUACACACCACAUUCAGCCCAUACCAUGUAGCAGUAAUCAUGUAUGUUACUCAGCAAAGAGAAAUGUUUAUUCAUCUUUCCAAAAAAUACAAGAUUCAAAUAAAAAAGUAAAAAAAGAAUUU